CGACCAUUUCCUUCUGCCAAAGUCCACCCUUCUUCUCAACAUUCUGCAUGCGUAUCUUCUGUUGCAUUCUGGUUCGUUUCAUUCGAAUCCUUUUAAUUCUUUAACAUGCCAUAUACGUAAUCUUCUGAUGAUUCUUAUUGAAAAUGGCUACUUCAAGUUUUGGAAUCUGUUUGAUCCUGUUAGGUUUAGUUUCUCUUGCUCUGGAGGACCCUGUUGUUAGAAUUGUAUUUGAUAUUGUGGGACUUGUAUUAGAUUCAAAGUUGUUGGAUGACACAGUUGGUUAGUGUGACAGAUUUUCUACCAAGUAUUUCUCAAACAUUAAGGGAUUCAAUUAAUGGGCGACAACCAUCGAAUACCUCCUGCAAAAUUACAGGAGUUAAUGGAGGAGGAAUUUCUUGAAUUUUUCAAUGGUGCUACCAAGACGGAACUGAAGAAAAUAAAGGCCAUCGGAAAAAAUGCAACGUACAUUCUGGAGCUUCGGGAAGACACGCCAAACCCUUUUCAAACCAUGAAUGACGUCAAAGAAUUGGGUUUCUCUACACAACAGAUGAAUUCGAUGAUAACUCAAAUUCUCCGUUUCCGUAAUUUCUGGAAUUUUUAGUGUUGACGUGGCUGUUAUCUCCUCAAAAUCUCUGAUCAAACCAUGGAUGGGAACAGUUGAAGCCAUCUACGGAGUAGCCUCUAGGUGCCUUUCCUUAUCAGCCGGAUCCUUAACUAGAGAUCGAGAUGAGGAAGAACCCGAUUCCCCCCGGUUCUCCUGCUCCAACUUUUGGAUCCACCUCUCGUACAGUUCAGGUUGAAUAGCACUUGCGCUCUUCUCUUUUUGCUUGGCAUACUUCUGCAAAGACAGCGAACUCAUGAAAGAAGUAGACUUACUCAACUCUUGACCCACUAGGUCUUCAUGUCAGAUGCUCCAUCUGAACUUCAGUCAGUUGUUAAGUCCUGCGAAUUCAACUAGAUUUUUUGCCAGAUAUCAUCCUAUCUGAUCUUCUUGUGCGGUUAUCAGGUCUUCCAGACUUAACUGGACUUUAGCCUGGUGUUAGAUCCUAUCAAGUCUUUUAGUCAUGCACACUUGGUAAACAGGUUAGAAAACACAACAUAACUUUAAAUUAUUUGCAAUUCAUCAAAAUCUGAGUUUGACUUAUUGAUGCUAAUUGCACCAAUAUUCUUGGCUACCGGAAUUGGAGUGGUUCCUUCCCUCCAUGACGCUAAUAUAAUGUUUUCCCCUAACUUGAAGGGUAUAUGUAUUCUUCCACCCAUCAUGAAUAGCACUAUGAUCAUAUUGCUAAGGUUGCUAAUAAUAGUUGGCAUGCAUUUAUAGCCACCAUAUCACACCAAGCACUAGCAAAAUAUUUUCCAAUUGAAAAAGACAUGAGGCAUCGUCGAUCUAUAGUUACCUCACUCUCUUUAUUCAUCCAAGAUAACUUGUAUAGUUUAGGAUAACGGUCCAUUUUUAGCUAUAAUUUUUGGACGACAUCAGCGAAGAUUACAUUUUCACAACUGCCGCUGUCGAUGAUUAUUUUACAGACUUUAUUGGCGAUAGUGCAAGUAGUAUGAAAAAUAUUGAUUCUCAAUUAAUUUUCCUCUAAAUCACCCUUAGGAGUCAGCAGACUCUUACAAACAACCAAUAUCUCUUGGCCAUCACCAUAAAUCACCUCAUCAGAUGCAUCAGAUUCUGGGUCGCCAAUUGCUUCAGUUUCUUUUUCUAUGUCGUCCUUGAUCAAUAGAUUUUUGCUUUUCUAAUUAGCAGGAGCAGAUUUUUUGCAUCGGUUAGCCUUAUGUCCCUAUUCGUAACAAUAAUGACAUGUGAUAGGAGCAUUAGGUUUAACCUGUGAAGGUUACUGUGGUAUAGAGUGUGAGCCUUGAGGAUGAAAUGAUCGAUUGUUUUGGUCGCCCCUCAUCAUUGGCUUUUGGUUCUAUUAUUUUUCAAAAACUAGUGCGUGCUAGUAGACUUCAGACACUGUCAAAAAUGAAUGAAAGCUAGGGGCAUCUUAUAGGGGCUGACACAAUCCCCCUAUGUAUCGU